UCAAGCUCUUUCUUUUUAUUUCUCCUCACGAGAUUUCGCAACUCAAACCUUCCUCCGAUUCUUUCCUUUCCUAUAUUUUCCUGAUUUCUUCCCACUUUCUUUGCUCCUCAACCCAUUCAAAAUAGUUUCCCAAAAAAUAUAAAAGGAAGAUUUCGGUAUUAGUACUAGUAUCGAAGAUUAUUAGAAGAAAGAAGGUCUUACAUGACCCACUUUACAAAAUCCAAGACUGAAUAGUCCCCAUGUUCCCACCUUACCAAAAUCAUUGAAAAUUAUGCCUUAAGAUUAUUAUUGAGAUGAUGAUGUGAUCACAACUGGCACAUACAUAAACUUUGCUACUAUAUCUCUCAUGAACUUUGUGCCACACCUAGAACAACCCUUAUCCCGUGUCCAAAUUAUGUAAAAAUAAAAAGAAAAUAAACUCCAAAAAUACACACAAUUUCUUUUGUUCGUUUUUUCUUGUUUUGUUUUGUAUUUUUUUUUAUCAACCAUGCCCUCUUGUGAUGAUAGUGAGACACUACUGCUACACAAGAACCUCAACGAGAAGCAGAACAAGAUCAGGAAGAGAGGUUGUUCCUCCUCAUCUUCAUCCUCUUUGGUAAGAAGAAGAAGGUACCGUUUCAAGAGAGCUAUUUUGGUUGCUAAGAAAGGAGUUAUGGCCACUCAUCAGCAUCAGCAUGAUGAAGAUCAUAUUCAUGGAGCUUUGGAUUCUUGUGAGUGUGGGGAGAGUAGCAGGGAUCUUUCUUCUGUUUCAGCAAGGAAACUCGCUGCUACACUCUGGGAGAUCAAUGAUUUUCCUCCUCCUCCUCCUUCUUCAAGGGUCAAAAAGAAGGGCUUUGAUGAUGAAAUUGUUGAGCAAAUGAGGAGCUGCAAGGAAGCCGUUAGAGGAAGAGAGAAGAAAGCUGUGAGCUUGUCCAGAUCCGAACUGUUACGUCAGCUUUCAGAUCCAUCACGUAGUCCUAAUUCUGAGAGAAUGAUAAGGUUUGAAGGUGAUAGCUUCAAAAGAAGGUUGUCAGCUUUAUCUUAUCAGCAUCAGUCGGGUGAUUACUACUUAGAUACACAUAGGAGUGCCAGUUUGAUUGAGGAAGCAGAAAAUAAGCUAAGGAACAAGAAGAACUGCGAAAAAAACACAAUUGCUGUUAAGAACCGUUUGAAGGAAGCAAGGACUGGCCUAUCUACAUCGAAGAAGCUUCUAAAAGUGUUGAAUCAAAUGUGCCUCAGAGAGCAGCAUUCAUCAAGCAUGCCUCUUAUCUUGGCUCUAGGUGGAGAGCUCGACCGCGUCUGCUGCCAGAUCGAUCAGCUGAUCCACGAACAACGUGCAAACCAAGACGAUGUUGAAUACGUGGUGAAGUGUUUUGCAGAAGAGAAGGCUAGUUGGAAGCGAAGAGAACGAGAAAAGAUUCACGACGCCAUAAGGAAUGUAGCAGAGGAGCUUGAGGUUGAGAAGAAACUAAGAAGGCAAACUGAAAGGCUAAACAAGAAGAUUGCUGGAGAAAUGGCGAAUGCAAAAGCUUCUUAUCUAAAAGUAUCGAAGGAGCUUGUGAGGGAGAAGCGCGCGAAGGAGAUUCUUGAGCAGAUUUGCGACGAAUUAGCCCGGGGAAUGGGGGAUGACAGAGCUGAGGUUGAGGAGCUGAAGAGGGAAUCGGCUAAAGUCAGAGAAGAAGUGGAGAAGGAGAGGGAAAUGCUUCAGGUAGCAGAUGUUUUGCGCGAGGAGCGAGUCCAGAUGAAGCUUUCCGAAGCUAAGUAUCAAUUCGAGGAGAAGAAUGCAGUUCUGGAGAAGCUGAGGAAUGAGCUCGAGGGAUUUAUGAAAACGAAAGAAGAAACAAAUGGAAAGGAUCUUGAGCUAUAUUUCAAUGAAAUCUGUGGGGGAUCUCAUGAUAAAGACAAAGAGAAUGAAGAAGAGAAUGUUCCAGAUGAUGACGAUGAUGACAGUGAUCUUCACUCCAUUGAAUUGAAUAUGGAUAAUGAAAAUAGAGGAUACAAUUGGAGCUACGCUAGAAGAAAUGCUUCUAAAGAUGAUUCAAGAAGAAACUCAACUGAGAAAGAAAGUAGCAUAGGGAGAAAAUCAUGCUCUGAGAAGAUUCAAUGGAGAAGUAUUUGCUUUAACAAGGGGAAAAGCGAUUGUGGCAUUGAAAGUUCUGAUCAUUUUGAUCCUGAAAAGAGGUCCAUUGAAUUCCUCUCGCGAGAUCAGAUACAAGAUGAUAAUGGUGAAGAUCAUGAAACUGAUGAGAGUUUUAGGUCCAUCAAGAGUCUCCAAGAUUCUAUGUCACGUGCCAAUCAUGUGCCAUUAACUUUAAACUACAGUGAUGGAAGAGAAGCUGAGGAAAAUGCUAUUAUUGCUCUGGAUUUGGAGGGUGACAUUUUGGAGCAAACGGUUGAAGGAAUAAAAUCUGGAUCUUAAAAAGACCUAAAAUGAUGAUAUUAAUUAGUAGGUGGUAUCAUAGAUAGGUUCUAUAAUAGCUGUUCACAAAUUGUAAAUGAUGAUAUUAGUCAAGAGAGUUUUGCUACAUAGUAUCAUUAUCAUAGAUUAGUUUCAAGGAUUUGAAAA